AAACGGAAGUUAUUAUAGGAGUAGUAUAUAUAUCUAAGGAUGUUUGUGUGGCAUGUUUUAUAAUUUGUCUCCCUGCUCCAUUAUGCCUAAACUUAGGGGCACCCCCCUCUGGUUCUUCAUUUUCUCUUUAUUAUCCACACUAAAUGGUACUGAUUCUGCAAUCACUGACACUGAUUCCAAUUCCAGUCUCCAUUUUAAAGAAGCGCCGCAGUUCUAUAAUUCCCCGAGUUGUUCUUCAAUUAAUUCUUCAGUAAAUGUAGCUAUGACUCUUGAUAUAGCUUAUCUCAGGGGAUCUAUGGCUGCUAUUCUUUCAGUGCUACAACACUCUUCUUGCCCAGAAAACAUUGUAUUCCAUUUUGUCUCUUCUUCAUCUGCUGAAUCCACACAUUUGAACUUGACUAUUACGAAAUCAUUUCCGUAUCUUCAAUUCACAAUUUAUCCAAUUCAACAUGUUGCAGCCGUAGCAGGACUAAUUUCAACCUCAAUUCGCUCUGCUUUAGAUUGUCCUUUAAAUUAUGCUCGCAAUUAUCUUGCUGAUCUACUUCCUCAACAACUUCAAAAGGUGGUUUAUCUUGAUUCGGACCUUGUUUUAGUAGACGACAUUGCUGAAUUAGCAGCAACGCCUCUAACAGGGGACUCUGUUUUAGCAGCACCUGAAUACUGCAAUGCUAAUUUUACUACUUACUUCACGCCGACUUUUUGGUCGAAUCCUUCUCUUUCCUUGACUUUUGCGAAUCGAAAUCGGAGGCCUUGUUAUUUUAAUACUGGGGUGAUGGUUAUUGAUCUAGAGAGAUGGAGAGCAGGGGAUUAUACUACUAAGAUUGUGGAGUGGAUGGAGUUGCAAAAGAGAAUGAGGAUUUAUGAAUUGGGAUCUUUACCCCCUUUUCUGCUUGUUUUUGCUGGAAAUAUAGCUCCGGUGGAUCAUAGCUGGAACCAACAUGGUCUUGGUGGAGAUAAUUUUCAUGGACUCUGUCGGGAUUUGCACCCUGGUCCAGUUAGUCUAUUGCAUUGGAGUGGAAAGGGAAAACCAUGGGCUCGACUUGACGCCAAUCGACCUUGUCCGUUAGAUGGUCUAUGGUCACCUUAUGACCUGCUGCAAACACCUUAUACAAUUGAAUCUUAAGGUGUAUUAGAGUUGACAUCGAGAGUAGAGAUCUGUGUCUUGUGAUCCUCUUCGAUUGUGUUAUGGCGUAGCUAGUCACCCCAGAAGGGCUAGGUGAGGUCUACUAUUUUUAUAGAUAAUAGUAUACAGUAGCUAGCCAUGAAUUCUUACAUUGAUAGAGUAUUAUUUUCGAACUUAUGACAUGAAAUCAUUUAUGAUAUGAAAUCUUUUAGUUGCGAUCAAUUAAGUUUAUUAAAGAAAGGAAAUAAGACGUAGCCUUGUCUGCUAUAUAUAGUUCAUGAUAUUCUUGAGACAUACCAUGAAAUAUAACGCACUUACUAUUCUCACUCCCACCAUUUUAGGCUUUUCUAAACAACAAUUGAAAAAAAAGGACUACUGUUUGUUCAUUUCAUCUAAAUAUAGUAUCCAUUUCUUCACUUGUAAGCUCUUGUUCAAUUCACCAAAGCAUACUUUCCUUUUUUCUCUUUUUCUUUUUGCAAUUAAAGUGAACCUCGUUCUAUGA